AUGUCGCUCUUACCUGCACAUCUACUCCUUCUCGUAGCAGAGCACGCAGACUUUGCCGGGAUCCAGGCUCUCCGCGCAACAUGCAAGGAUAACCGCACUGUCCUUGACCGCUACGAGCGCGCUGUAACCAGACUCAACGCCGCCCGCUACCCCUGCGCACCUUGUAAUCACAUCCUCGCCUCCGACACGCGCGAGCGAGAAGUGCUCCCCAAAGACACGUUCGAGACCAUCCGGGAACUGGAGAUCAGGCAACGCAACAUUGAAGAGAUUGUCAGCGGCCCAUACCUUGCGUUCUGGGAAGAAUACGACCUCCAGGAUGCAUCGAAAGCAGACACCAUCCGCGCAAACCUCAAGCGCGCCCUGUGGCAGUGCUCAACAAUCGCCGACCUGGAAACACAUUCCAUCAGGUAUAGAGACGACGUCGUGCCUCGGCGCGACCCCUGCGUCAAGUCUCUGAUCAACCAAGACAUCAUGUUGCGCGACGCUCCGCCGCCCGACGGCUGGCACCUGGCCCUCAAAGAGGUUCACGAGUCCAACCGCCAAGACGUGCGGUUCCGUCAGAUAGCACACGUCCGCGACCUGCCCGCCCAAGAGCUGGCGGGCAUAGUGGUCCUCGCGCACCUGACAAGCCAGGGGUAUAUGCGGUACAGGGCACCGAGGAGCGGGGUCUCGCGGCCCGAUGUCGUCGAGAUGGGCGUCUGCAUGGCGGAAAACACCAUCCGGCACGGCGUCUUCUUCCUGCACUCCAAGGUGCGCGGGGACGAGGACGCCAACCACCACGCCAAGCUGCUGCUCGACGAUACGUACGACGAGAUGCGGCGCUGGGAGGCCGGCGACCCGAGCGUGCUGCCGGGCCUGACGAUGAACGUUGCGGCGACGCUGCGCGAGAGGAUUGGGUGCGAGCACCGGGAUAUGCUGAGCGCCGCGUGUACGCUGCUGAGGGGGGACGUCUGGCGGCCGGCGGACGUGGACAAGGACGACGCCGAGCCCGAAGCGGAGCGGGAGAAGCCGGAUGGCGGGGCUGUGCAGGGUGCCGCGUUGGGGGUCGAGGAAGAGGCUGCAUGA